AUGCCUUCUUUAUUUUUUCAACUGAUCUCUAGCGAAUUUUUUUCCUAUUGUACAUUCAUUUGGGAUCAGUUUCCAUUUGGAGUUCUUACAAAGUGGUUGAAAUUCGUUCUAGUAGACAGAUAAAAUACAAAAAAAAGUUAAUUUCAAUUUUAAUUUGAGUGAGAAUUAAAAAAAUGGAUAAAUCAUAAAAGACUGUUGAGUAGUCAUGUAAAGGAAAAAUCCUGAAGAGCAUUUUCGCUCAAAAAGUGUUAGAAUUAAAAACGAAAAGAAAAAAAAAACAUGAAGCCAUUUAAAAGGAUUCUUAUAAAAUUAGUGGAAUUGGGUGCUUGCAUAUCAUGUGUGAUAACAAAAGCGCUCACCGACCACGAGGCCAAGCGUGUAUUUAUUCUUAAUCAAAAAUUAUCGAGAGAAUGGAGUCUACUGCAUAACAUCACAUGGUCUUCAGCGGGAAAUGCAUUUGCCAACGUCACAUUUGGCGGUUACACCCUCGUCACUGCCCUCAUGGUACUAUCGAGAAUCAUCGAUCCGCGCAGUAAUCCCACAAUUAUUGAAAAAAUCUUCCUAACUAUGGGCAUGUUUAUGUUCUUCGUGAUGGGAGGUCUUGUAUUUGCUUCCAUUGACCAAGUGCCGUCAGCUCUGCACGACAAUGCCAUUAUUUUGGGCUGCUUAUCCUUCCUCGUAGCCUUCCUGUUUAUCGUUGAUCUCUCUGAUCCCCUUGCGCGGCAUCGAUCGGGUGCCACCCAAACGGACACUGCAUCCUAUACGGAGAGCACCCAGAGUGUUGCUAUUCAGGCGGAUGAUAUAAAACGCCCCCAUACGGUGGACAAGGUGGAAACAAAGACACUUCCGAGUGCACAAGAGGCUGUCUUUGCACGUGUUCUCACACCGGAAAAGAGUCGCGCAACACGAAGUAGGACCCCCACCAAGUCCCCAUACGUGGUGGAUCAGAUGGACAGUGGGAAUGAUGAUACGUACAAGCGCUACGGGGACUUCAAUCAUGCCUUUAUGGAUGAUCGUUUUACAAGUGGCUCCUACACACGUGGUGCCGUAAUUGAUCGUGGAAAUUUCAUUCUACGCGUUCCACCCUCCACCACGUCAACCUUUGUUCCAUCCACAUACAGUUCAGGUGAACGAAAUCGCGAAACGGAUGAAAUACAAGCACCCAUCACACCAGGAUAUGUUGUUCAUGCAGCAAAAAUGUGGGAUAAACGCGCUAAAACUACAAGAAAGUCUCCCAUUGGACCCAAUACUGUCGUCUAAAAUGCAGGACUCUGUUCAACCCAUAUUCUCCUCCUCACCCACGUGUCUAAUAUACCAUGUGUAAUCGUUUAACAUUAACUAAUAUAAAAAAUACUAUAAUUUUA